UGUACCACCCCACUAGUUAAUUUUAGUCUAGAUUAAAUUAUAUUGUCAGUGCAAGAUUAGGUUAUGUUGUAUCAUUCACGACGUUGACGUGUCGAAUGACAGUUCAGGCUUAUAAAAUAAAAAUAUGUUUAAACAGAUAGUGCAAUUAGAUGUUUGAGGAUUAUAUUGUUGAAGGAUAUUCGAAUUAGUAUAACUUAUCCUCAUGCAAUUUUUAUAGAACAAUUUCUUGCUUCAAAUCAAAUUUACAAUCAUGGAGACUGGAAAAGUAUUUAAGUUAUUAUUUCCCCAUGGGUGUCCAGACUCAUUGCAAAAUAAUGCACAAUUUACUGCAUACCUAAAUAAAUUAGGCUCAUGCACAGUUGAUCAACUACAGCGUGAAGAGCCUAGAUUAUCCGAAGAAAAAAAAUUAUUGAUUCAACAGACUCAAGAACUUGCAAUAUCCAAUUAUAAAACCUUCAUUCAAACAGCAGAAUGCUCGAGAGAAAUUUAUAACGAGUUUAAAUGUACAAAAGAGAACUUAGAUUCGUUAUUGUCAAAAAUUCCAGAAUUUGCUACAAAAUGUGAUAAUUUCAUGACAACAUCUAGUGAUAUUAAUUCAGAUCGAUACUUGAAUCAAAUUACUUUGAAUCAUAGUUCAGAAUUAUUAGAAAUUCUAGAGUUGCCGACUUUGAUGGAAACUUGUAUUCGUGAGGGUCAAUUUGAAGAAGCUUUAGAACUGGCAGCUUAUAUUAAACGAUUAGGAAUGAAACAUGGACACAUAUUAAUUGUGAAGAGUAUUGUGUCAGAUAUGGAAAAGUUGUGGCAACAUAUGCUUCAAAAGUUAUUAUCGUCAUUAGGUACUGAUUUAACUUUACCUAAAUGCUUACAAAUUGUGGGUUACUUGAGAAGAAUGGAAGCAUUUACAGAGCCAGAAUUAAGAAUUCGCUUUUUACAAGCCAGAGAAGAAUGGUUAACUAAUCUUCUCAGUGAUAUCUCCAAAGAUGAUGCUUCCCAUCACUUAAGCAAGACUAUUGAGCUUUCACGUAUACAUUUAUUUAAUAUAGUAACCCAAUACAAAGCUAUAUUUAAUGACGAUGAUCAAUACUCGUUUCCCAAUAAUAAUCAAGUCAAUAUAAAUAAAUCAUAUAUAUUUUAUGGCUGGUUGCAUAAAAAGAUUACACAAAUUAUUUAUAUCAUGGAAAAAGAUCUUGAGAAAGCCACAUCGUCUUUGGAUUCUCUCAUUGGGCAGUGUAUGUAUUUUGGAUUAUCAUUUAGCAGAGUAGGAGCAGAUUUUCGUAGUCUUAUGGCCCCAAUAAUAUUGAAAACGAUUUAUAAAAAGUUCUAUAUUUCUUUAUCCCAAAUAACUAAAAAGUUAAAAGAUGAUUUAGAAAAUUUUACAUUGAUAAACAAACACUACUCUAACUCCAGAACUAAAGGCCAAGAAGGCUUGACUCCGCCACAAAGUUUGCUUGAUUUUUAUCCUUUAGCUGAAUAUUGUAACGGUUUACUUACAAUAUUUAAUGAAUUUCGAUUGUGCACUCCUUUAUCUCUUGUAGAUAAAGUUACGACUGAUAUCCAAAACUCAUUAAUAGUUGUAUCUGAAUCGAUUUUAUCUUACUAUAAAAAAGAGCACAAAAUUUUGACAUCAUCAGAAAAAGAUAAUUUCACAAAUUUCUGUGUUUGUUAUGCUUAUGAUUUGCUGCCUUAUAUACAAAAAUGUCUUCAUACGGUUUUUCCUUGUAAUACUGUUGCUACAUUUUUGGGCAUAAGUAUUUCCAAUGUAGAAAAUGAAGGAAUAGGAUAUUUAGAUACCAAAUCUAUUCUUGAAACUAUAGAUAAUUUGCUACCUAAGAAAUAUGACAUACAAACUGAUGCUAUAGAUAAUAAAACAGAGGAUAUUCAAUAGGUAUGCCAAAAUAUGGUCGAUGUUUAGGUAUUAUCUUCAUAUUUGCUGAAACUAUAAAUAUGUUUAUAGUUUGCUGUAAUUAUUGUAAAUAAUAAUUAGUUUACUUAUUUCAUCAAACAUGUUUAUUUAUAUCGAAUAUGUGCAAUAUCAGACAUAUAA